AUGAGACACUUGAAUCUGACUUCAUCCAAUCACUCUCCUUUACUGCUUCAGUGGGUUUCUGAUGAUGAUUUGGGGCCUAGACCACUCAGAUUCCUCAAUGUUUGGACCAAGCACCAUGAUUUUUUAGCCUUUGUCUCCCAGAAGUGGUCGUUCCCUACUCAUCUCACAAGGAUGAUCGUUCAUUGGGAGAAGUUCUUCAGGCUGAAACAGGGUCUGCGCUGGUGGAACCGACAUGUAUUUGGAGAUAUUAUCCAGCAGGUGCACGAUACUGAGGUCGGGGUUGAUGAGGCUGAGAUAAUAUAUGAUAGAGAUCCUACACCGGAGCACCGUAACUUACUACAUCAGGCCCAGGCAGUUUUGAACCGGACCUUGUCUAUUGAGGAGGGCUUUUGGAAGCAAAAGGCCGGUUCACGUUGGGCAUGUGAGGGUGAUCACAAUACUCGAUAUUUUCAUGCGAUGGUUCAGGGGCGUAGGAUCAAAUCGCGUAUCAGGUCUAUCAGGACACAGGCGGGGGAAGUGUUAUCUACUCCUACUGAUAUUCAGACCUCGGCUGUUGCUUUCUACCAGGAUCUCUUAUCUGCUCCUCCAUAA